AUGACGGGCCAUGUUGAGGGUCUCAGUGCGAGACGCACAGAGAAAUCCGACAAUAUCGAAAUAGACCCCAAGAAAGAGGCACAGGCUGUGCCCCAUGAAGUCGAUGGUGCCCAUGAACUGGAUGGUGAAGACUGUCCUUCACAAGAGGGCGAUACUCACUAUGUCAAAGGACAUCCGGUCAUUCGCAAUGGCGCCGAUGUCUCCAAAUAUAUCGUAUCUGUGCGCGAUGAUGGCGAUCCGGCCCUAACCUUUCGUUCUAUCGUCUUGGGCUCCGCGUUCACUGCGCUAUCGAGCGUCAUCACGAUGCUGUAUACGUUCAAGCCCAUCCAGAUGCAGGUCUCGGCGGUCUUUUUGCAACUCCUGGUUUACGUAUUUGGGGAAGCAUGGGCCCUGUCCACGCCCCGUCCGGAGCGGUUUCGAUCGACUGGGCUGCAAAAAGUCCUGCGCUUUCUGAAUUUCGGCCAACCGUUCGGCAUCAAGGAGCACGUGGUGGCUGCACUGAUCGCGUCCUCGGGAAACAAUGGGCUGAACGGAGUCGAAGUCUACGCUAUCGAGAGACUGUUCUACGACCGAAGCGUGUCCGCCACGACCGCCGUGCUAGGCACCUUCUCCAUGGCGCUCUGCGGAUUCGUCCUGGCCGGCGUCUUGCGCGCGCUGAUCGUGUAUCCCUCCGAGAUGGUCUACUGGUCAACUCUACCCCAGGUCGUGCUCUACCAGAACCUGCACUUCGACCGCAGCGCCAACAAGGAGCGUCUCGCCAAGUUCGGAUGGGCGCUGGGACUGGCCGCUAUCUGGGAGCUCUUCCCUGCGUACAUAGUCACCUGGCUGAGUGGAUUUUCGGUCGCCUGUCUGGCCUCCAUGCGCGCCCCGCAGGGCACUCGCACGGUGCUGGCCACGAUAUUCGGAGGCGCCUCCUCGAACGAAGGACUGGGGCUGCUGAAUUUUGGCCUCGACUGGCAGUAUAUUCAGAGCACGUACCUCUCGCUGCCGCUCAAGCAGCAGCUCAACACCUGGAUCGGCUACAUUAUCUACUAUCCGUCCUUGCUGGGCCUGUACUACAGCAACGCGUGGAGCGCCAAAAGCUUCCCAUUCAUGUCGACCUCGCUCUUCCUCGCCAACGGCACGCAAAUGUCCACCACCUCGAUCCUCAACGACCGCGGCACCGUCGACUACGCCAAACUCCAGGAGAUCGGCCUGCCCUAUCUCACCUCGUCCACAGUCUGGGGCUACUUCACCGCCAACCUCGCCAUCGGAGCCCUCAUCGCCCACGUCCUCAUCUUCUUCACCAAAGACAUGCGCCAAUCCUGGACGCAAGCCCGCACCCACACCCAGCCCGACCCCCACUACCAAGCAAUGCGCCGCUACAAAGAAGUGCCCAUGUGGUGGUACCUCGCACUAUUCAUCCUCGCCUUCGUCGCGGGCCUCAUCGUGAACAUCAAAGGCGAGACGACCCUCUCCGUCUGGGGCUACAUCAUCGCGCUCCUCCUAGGCGCCUUCAUCGCGCCCUUCUCCUGCGUCCUCUACGGCCUCUACGGCGUCGGCGUCGCCACCAACCAGCUCUCCAAAAUGGUCGGCGGCGCCAUCCACCCGGGCCGCCCCCUCGCCAACCUCUACUUCGCCAGCUGGUCCCACCAAGUCAUCCUCCUCUCCGUCAACCUCUCCAACUGGCUCAAAAUCGGCCAGUACACCAAAGUCCCCCACCGCACCAUGUUCGCCACCCAAAUCUACGGCACCCUCCUCGGCGCAGGCCUCAACUACGCCGUCAUGGCCACCAUCGUCACCAACCAGCGCGCCAUCCUCCUCGACCCCACCGGAAACUCCGUCUGGAGCGGCUCCAACGUCCAGUCCCUCAACUCCCAGGCCAUCACCUGGGCCCUCGCAAAGGAAGUCUACGGCCCCAGCGGCAGAUACCUCCUCGUGCCCCUGGGUCUGCUCAUCGGCCUGACCCUCCCCGCCUUCCACUGGGUGCUCCUCAGACUCUUCCCGCGCCUGCGCGAUAUCCACCUCAACACGGCUAUCAUCGCCGCCUCCGCGGGCCUGUACUACUAUGGGACGACCGCGUGGAUCUCGUCGAGUAUUGCCGUCGGCUUGUUCUCGCAGUUUUGGCUGCGUCGUCGUAUGCCGGCUGUGUACAACAAGUAUAAUUAUCUAAUUGGGGCUGCGCUGGAUGGCGGAUCGCAGAUUGUUAUCUUUAUUCUGUCGUUUGCGGUGUUUGGUGCGAGUGGGAAGGAGAGGCCGUUUCCUACUUGGUGGGGGAAUCCCCAGGGGCAUGCUGAUCAUUGUUUAUAG